AUGAGGUUCCCCUUUAGCAGGAAAAAGGACAAGAAGAAGCUGGAGUUGUCGAGCCCUCCCGAAGAAUUGCGUCGCCCUGUUAGUGCCACCCGGCAGCCUUACUUCCCGCCGAGUGUGAGAUCGAGCCAGCUCGUCGCUGUUCUUCCAGCAAGGGUUCUCGAGCGCAUCUUCGCCUUCGUCUGUCCUCACGCCAACGAUGAGACGUAUGAUGCCUGCGAGGAGAGCAGCAACAGCGAAGGGUGCAUGCUGUGUGACCUGCGCGACCUAGCCCACUGUUCGCAGGUAAACCGAACCUGGCACGACACCGCUAUCAAGCUAUUCGUUCGGAUCGACCAGGUCCACUACUGCAAGCUUGAGGCCUGGCUGGCCGAGAGGCGUAAGCAGACGAGAUUUGACCGCAACGCCAUUCCUGAGGACCCAGCCCAAGCAAGACUCAGGCUGUUCCGGCGCACGGUUCGCGAAGACCCGACACGCAUUGGCAAGAGAGUUGAGUUUUUGAAGACGCCAUAUCAGGUGCGCGAGUACUGCCAGGUGGAGCUGGCCCAGACCAUUGCCGUGCUCCCCAGCCUCAAGUAUGUUGAUCUGCCAGAGGGCAUGUUCUCGGACGAGUCGAGCAGCUCGACGCUACGAUUCGAAGUCCAAGCCAGAUGCCCCAACCUUCGAAAGAUGACGUACAACGCAGGCUCGGAGAAGAGCUUGGCGGCGCUGGCUACUGGCCAGGUGUGGCCUCGACUCGAGGUUCUGGAGCUGAACGGCAUCAGUGUCGACACCAUGACUAUGAGAGCGGUGUUGAACUCGUUGGCAAACCUCCGGGCCCUGAAGAUGACCGAGACGGAAAGCAUAUCCGAUGAAGUGCUGAUGGCCGCAUCGGGGCCUAUCAUGCCCUCGUUGGAGGAGUUCAUCAUGGAGGGAACUCCUCGAGUAACGGCUGCCGGCCUCAUCGAGUACCUUGCUUGGCCGGAAACCCAGCGCGGGCUCAGGGUUCUGACACUGAUCCACACUGGCGUCCACCCGCAAAGACUUCAAGAGAUCUUGACGAUGGCGCCAUGUCUUAAGACGCUGGCCAUGAAGCACAAGGUAAUUGAAGGCUUUCCGCAGCACGCGGGCAUCGGAUUUCUCGCAUCUCAAAGCCUCGAGACGUUGCGCUUUGAGAUUUCGACCGAAUCAGAUAAGGAGGUGUAUGCAAGCAUGAAGGCCAGCUGGUACACUUACCUCGCCUCAUCCGUCCUCUCAGGGGGUAUGCCUAGACUGCGUAAACUCUUUGUCCACGAUGAGUCCUUCCCGGAGCAGCUUCAGGGGCUGCCUCCUCCCAAUGCCAGCUUUGCGGCGGGAGGACACAUGCGAAACCCAUCUCACGGCUCAACCCGCAGCUCUCACAUACCCUACCCAGGCAUGCCAACUACGCCUACCUCCAAUACCUUUGGAUCUCCGUUUGGGACCUCGCCUGGUUCACCCAACUCUCCCAGGUCUCAGGCUCAGUCUCCCCGGCAGCUAGGCGUGCCUCGUGCGCCAGCAGCACAUCGGUUCAGCUCCAACAACCCAUUUGCAGCGCACAUGCGAGCCACUGCUCCCUCGCCAGCCCACACCCUCGAGGUGUACACCAAGACUGACGAGUACGGUAAAUGGAACUUUAGCAAAGUUGACGCAUUAACCACGGGUGGCCAGGCGCUACGACGUCCGGUCAGCAGCUACGGCCUGGCGGCAGAUGUGGCCGGAGAGGGGUGGAACCGAGGCGAGGUCCGACGCAGCAUCAUGGUCGGAGACGGUACCGGACUCUUCUUACCGCUGCCUCCGCCUCCGGGCCAGGACGAGUACGGCCGCAGGGGAUCCGGUAUGUCGGACACUUUGCGACCCUCAAGCAGUGGUGGGGAC